GCGGGGGAGUUUUUUUUUUUUUUUUUUUUUCUUUCACGAGCUGACAGCCGCUGGCGCUCGUCCCGGCUACCCGUUCACAUUAAUGCCUGCCUAUCUUACCUACCUAGAGUACCUAAGCAGUUUUGAGGUUGGUGGAUGCAUGCAGGUCCUUGUGCAUAUUGUCUACUGUUAAAUAAUGCCCUGGUGUUCAAAUACCGCCAGGGGUCGGCGGUCCCGUCAGCUCCUCGUCACCAAGGCUGUAAAGCAUUUCCACGGGUCGCUUCGGGCGUCAAUCGCGCGGGUUGAACAAGUCCCCUUACCCGAGGUUCCCAGAGCGACGAGAGCUAUCAGCAGUGCAAGCCAGCAGGUAGAGUGAAGGAACAGGUCUGGGCGGGUUUUGUCGCUACAACUUGUGCACAGACGAGACAGGCAAAGUGAAGGAGAGGUGCCGGCUCGGGAGCAAAGUAAACCGAAUAAAGCGCUGCUGGCAGCUGCCAUCAAAUCUUUUUUGGUUAGGUAUGAAAGAUCGUCGAUUCCAGUCUUCGUCUGAUCUUUGGUACUUUUUUUGUCCUCGUUGGGUAAUCAAACAGCGAUGAUCAAUUUCGGACCGGGACUUACCUUGGUCCGGCGCAGCAUACCUUGCAAGCUUGCUAUCUCCAAGAUGACUUUGCACACGUAGCC